AUGGGUUUAUUCCUCUUCAUGUACCUGCAAGAUUGGAUUGAAGAACAACAUACAGGUAAAAUAACUAAUAAGCUAGCUAAAUCCAUAUCAGCUGUUCAGUGGAAAAAUAAACAAUGGCAUGGGCUUGUGAUAUGCACACACACCGUUUGAGAAGUGGCUAGUGUAAUCACACAGAUGUGGGUUGAACCAUUCGCAAGAUAAAGCUGAGUGGGGAGGGGGGAGAAAUCUCCAUGUAUGACUGUCUCUGAAAGUUAACAGCUAAUACAUCAAAGAAUUCCAAAGCAGCCAUGUUUACUCAUCUGAAAUGAAUGGCUCCUGAUUAAGUAGAAUUUAAGGGAUUACAUGGUAUUUAACUUUGUGGUCAGAGUAGACCACCCACUGUGCAUAAUGUUUUUCUUUUCCAUAAUUAGGUACCCCUGCCCGUACGGGCCAGUCGUGUCCGACUCUAGGGUUGUGCGCCCAUCUCACUUAAGAGGCCGGGGGCCAGCGCUGUCUGGAGACACUUCCGGGUCACGUGGCCAGCGUGACGAAGCUGCUCUGGCGAGCCAGCACCAGCGCAGCACACGUAAACGCCGUUUACCUUCCCGCUAUAAAGCGGUACCUAUUUAUCUACUUGCACUUAGGGGUGCUUUCGAACUGCUAGGUGGGCAGGAGCUGGGACCAAAAGAUGGGAGCUCACCCCGCCGCGGGGAUUCAAACCGCCGACCAUGCGCUCGGCAAGCCCUAGGCGCUGAGGUUUUAUCCACAGCGCCACCCGCGUCCCUUUUCCAUAAUUAGUUUGAAGUAAAAAAAAGGGGGGAAAUAUGGAGCAAGUUGGAAAAUGUAGUUGGGUAAGAGGCUACAUAGCUUAUUUGAGAGAAAUCCUAGCAAAAGUUAGACAAGUGAAUGAUUUGCUUUUAUUAGUUCAAAAUGUUGAAUACUGUUGGGAAUGUUUAGACCACUACUUGAUUACUUUAUAGGUGGCAAAAAAUAUAUAUAUGUAAGUACAGUACAGAGUUUGGAAGUCAUGCUGUAUACUUUUAGGAAAUAAGAAGCAGCAUUUUUUUCUAUCUUACAAACAUUAGUAAGCCAUUAUUUAGUCCAAAGAUGUCAAGAGUCAAUUAACACUCAAAAGCAUAAAUAGCAAAAUUAAUAAUUUUAAAGCAGCAGCAGCCAGGCACAUCCAGGAUGAAUAUAUGAUCUAAAAAUUUAAAUCAUUAUCAUCAUGGUAUAUUUAUUUAUAUGCCAUCUUUUUCCUUGACAGGGACUCAAGGUGGUUUACAAAUAAAAUUAAGAACAACUAAAAACAUUUUUAUCAUUAAAAAAACAAUUAAACAUUAAUAUAAUUUAAAGCUACAAUAUACCGGGGGGUGGGUGGGUGUGUAUUAGACAUAAUUGCAAUAAAAACAACACAGUUCAUUAAAAACAGUCAGUUCCCAAAAGUCUGUUGGAAUAAGGAAGUCCUCACUUCUUCAUUAAAUAAUUUGUUAGUUUCUUUUUAAUAGGAUUUUAAGUUGCACCUGGCCUGCAAAGAAGCCCACUAACAGAGAAACCCUUUUUGCCAUGGCUUCUAAAUGAAUGGAAUUGGUUGCGUUCCUUUGUAUGUCAACAAGAGGCUGGCCCAUGCCCUAAUCCCCCCCCCAUGAAGUGCCACCCCAAAGGUACAACUCCCUUUGGGGCAGCAUUUUGGUAGCAGCCUCUCCCCUCCCCCUGCCCCUCCCCCAACAGGCAGGUGUGUGUGCAGGAGAAGGAGUAGGGAGUGUGCAAGCCGAAUACCUUCACAUCUCACUAAACCAUAAUUUGGCUAUGUUUGGAAGGCAGGCUUGCAUGUUGCUCUUCAUUGUAUAUCUGUACUAAUAUCCUAAUUUGUACAAUGAACAACCAGUCAGUAUUUCUAUCCAAUAUUCUACUAGGUUUAAUGACUCAAUAGACUAUUGUGCUGUUAUGAAUAAAAAAAAAGUAAUUUCAAUAUAGAGAGGCAAUUCAAGAAACUAUAUUUAGAAAAGGAGGAGACUGACUGUGCACAUGUAAGGCCCAUGACUGUGAAUGAAGCCUGGAAAUUAUAUUGAGAAUCACAGCUCUUUUUCCCCUCAACCAGCCAAAACUCCAUAUUUGCCUCUCCACUGGAAUAGCAAUUAUUUCAGACACGGCAAAAUGAAGAUAAAUGUAAGGGCACAGAUGAGGACUUUAGACAACUUCUUUCUGUAAGGUGCAUUGUACUACUUAGUAAGGAGGAGAUUAUCAUGGAAUGGUUCGAGGUCAUGUUUACAGUUCUGAAGUCUCCCAAUAGGAGAUAUGCAGCCAAUUCGGUGUCAUGGAGGACAUGCAAACAAGUUUUUGUGAUGAUUUCCCCCAAUAAGCUACUGCGUUUUUUGUGCCUGCUGUAAGUUAUGUUUUACUGCUGAUUAAAAUGGCAUGUGGGCUAUGCUAGGAAAAUGAACUCUUGCUGGGAAUAACUCAACUUCAAAUUAGUCUUCUCAAAGGGCAUACAUGCUCAGCAAAAUGUUGAACAGCUGUUGUCACUGUGUUAAGAGAGAGAGAGAGAAAGACUUGUCAACUCAUCACCUUCCAAAAGUGCUCUGGGGUCUUCUGUUACAGGACAGCUUAGCUCUGAGAAAACUUGAAAUACACACCGUUCAAAACCAUAUCCCUCUCUUGCUUUGCAUUCAAAUUCAACACUUGUACUUUCAUAGUGCAGUGUAUUAUUAGUAAAGGAGAUCAAAGCACUCUUACCUAGUUUAAGGUGAUCUUCAGUUUAGAGUCUCAGAAAUGUGCAAGAUCUCAAAGCUUUAUUGAAUAGGACAGUCAAGAAUGCUGUUCUGUGUUUCAUUUUGUAAUCCUUAAUGAGACUAAAAAUGUAUACACAACAAAAGAAAUCCAUUAACAACUUUUUUUCUAAUCAAAGCAGCUGAGAUAAAGAACUCAAACUCUACAUCUGCACAAGUGUUCCAUUCUUACUCAUACUCUUGAUGAAACAAAUCCCUGUUUUGCUGGUGGGGAGCUGAGAGGAGUUUUCCUUUGUGUUGGGUGUGUGUGAAGGUUCCAGCACUCUAUCUCCACUGAUAGAAACUCUUUCAUGAAACCACAAGACAGUGAUUAUAUUGCUUUCUUCAAGAAAAAACAACAUGUUUUCGUCAAACAGAGAAUACUAAGAGAAUUGCAGAGGUUUUAUGCAGGUUUUAUGGUGUUGUUGAGGUCAGUUAAGCAGCACACUUCUGCAAAACGAGGAUGGACAGGGUUAACAUGAGCCUCAAAGAUUGUACUUUGUUUCUUCUAAUGGAAGUUAGAAAUGAGAUGAACAGAUACAGUUUCCAAUGAACAUGUUAAAUCAAAAGAUGGGACCAAUCUCCUUCAUGCAAUGAGACAAAAUGUCAUAUUAACUGCAUUGGCAACAAAUUUGUACAAAUUGCAAUGGUGAAUGAGAUACAAAAAAGAGUUCUGCUAACUUUCUGUCUAAUUAAAACUUCAUUUAACUUAUUUGCAGUUGUGGUAGUCAAGCUUGCCUCUUACCCCCAAAAGGGCUAAAAAUGGCAGUCAGAUGUGAAUAACUUCAAAUGACUUUUUUAAAAAAAAAAACAACCCACAACAAAAAACCUUGUGCUCAUUAUUGUUCCAUCAUUCAGAACAUAAGAAUGGAGGUUACAAAUAUAAGUAGCAUGCUCCUUUCCCAGCUUUUAUAAUUCAAGAAACCAGUCUCUUCAUUACCUCUUCAAUGGGAUAUAAAUUCCAUUUAUUGUACACAAAAACCUUCUUAAUCCACUCUAAUAGGCUGAAAAUCCAUUGCAAUGAAUGAGUUAUGUGAUUAUUUGCUUUCUUAAUCAAGGGGGAAAUGGCACAACGUUUCAUUAUUUGUCAAAUGUACUUUGUUUUUAAUUAUUUACCACAAUACUUGACAGGAUGAGAGUCAACAUGUAGCCCUAUGAUUUGUAAGGGUUGUGAAAGAAUUAUAAUAAUAGGUACUCUGUACUCCACCCUGCUAUUAAAUCCUCAGCUUUCAAGUGAUUUCAUGGUGAAUGAUGAAUUAUGGGAUUCUUAUGCAUCUGUGUUAAAGGAAAUGCUGAAUUUAAAAGUCUCCCGUACACUUAAAUGUGCAGGGUAAUUCUUCGGUACAAGUUGAUUGUAUAUGGGACGGUCAAAGACAGAAGCAGCUUGGAGCUCUGUCGUCCAGUUCAGCUUACUUGCCAUAAAAAGGAACAGCUGGGCAAUGCUCAAGUUGCGCCAUUACAUGGGAAAUGUAAGAAGUAUCCAGUGUUCUUCACUAAGAGAAGGGUUCAUCUUUCCAUGUGAUACUUCUCCAUUUGCCAAGAACUCAUAUGUGGAGUGGAGUGGACCUGGGAGACCUGAAGUUUGGUUACUGGUUCAAGAGGGUAUGUUCUAAUAAGAAGAACAUUACAAGUGACCUUCUGGAUCAGACCAAAGUUCCAUCUAGCCCAGCAUCCUGUUCUCACAGUGGGCAACCAGAUAAUUAUGGAAAGCCUGUGAGCAGGACAUGAGCUGAACAGCACACUCCCUACUUUUGUUCCCAAGCAACUGAUAUUCUGAGACAUUCUGCCUCUGAUACUGAUGGUUUUGCACUACCGUGAUGUAGUCAUUGAUAUCAUCCAUGCAUUUGUCUAACCUUAUUUUAAAUCCCUUAGAGUGGUCAUUAGAGGAUCUGGAGAAGGUGACAUUCAGCUCCAUUUCUCUAACAUCUUAAUCAGGUGCAGUUAUGCAGUGAUUGGACUAGUGCUUGGACAUACUGGUGAUUUGGAUGAGGGCCAAUAAGCUGAAGCUGAUUCUUGAAAAGAUAAAGGCCGGGACUAGGAAUUGAGUAGGCUGCCUGUUUUAGAUGGGGCUGCAUUAUCUCUGAACGAGUAGGUGGUACACAGUCUGGUGGUGAUCCUGGAUCCAUCUCUUGUGCUGGUUGCACGAAGUGGCAAGGAACAUCUUUUCCAAGCUGUGGCUGGUGCAGGGAUAGCCUGACUACAGUGACCCAUGUGUAGAUAACCUCAAGAUUGGAUCACUGUAAUGCACUCUAUGUGGGGCUGCCUUUGGUAUGGCAGCUGGGAACCUGGGGUUGUCUUCAUUAGAUGUUUGUUUAAUUCCUUAUUAAAAGGUCUAUCUCACCCUUGUUCCUAAAGGAGAUAAGGGCAGCAUGUUACAGUUCUCUAUAUGUGUUAUACGGGCAACAGAGCCUAUCAUGUGCCAGCCUCCUCUAAUGUGGCAGUUGAGCCUUGCAAAUUGGUAGAACUAACCACACACAAUCUUGAUUGGAUGAAUUAUAGGUAACAAUACUUUGUUUUCGCCUCCUCCACAACAAUUGCCCACACUUCAUCCUGUAUGCUGCUUCAAAAGCAGUAAACUAUAUUAGAAGAAUGCAUCAUUCCAUUUGAUGCUGAGCCAUACUUUUCAACUGUAUACCAUUAAAUAUUUGUGGAAACAGUAGAUGUUCAUUGGCCCUGCCAAGUGGAAAGUGGAAAGUGGAUAGUCUUAACUAGAGAAGACCCUAAUGUUGUCUUUGCCUCCCUGCCUUCUUUUCCAAGUAUUCUCCAUGUGUGGAAAAGAAGACAGAGAACUGUCCCAUCAUAUUAGCUUUUGCAGAUCCAUGUGGCAUAUAGUUUUAUGCCCUAAACAUGGAAAAUAAAUGGAAAAAUACAUCCUCAUGCAUUUCAUUGAAUCUUGGCCCAAACCCAUUGUAGAUAAAUUUUAAAUAAUGUAGUUUUAUCAAAUGCUUUCCUUUCUACCUAAUACUUAUUUUUAAGAACUGUAAAUUUCCCCCCAAUAUCAUACUAUAUGGUACUUUUUCAUAAAAUCUAAUUUCCAAGUGAAGCUGUGCUCUGCAAGCUAAACAUCCAAUCUUAUUUUUCCCCGUGCACCCAUACUCUUUUCAGAUUUCUUUAGGUUUAGGGGUUGGUUUUAAAUGUCAUUUAUACAAGGUCAUUUCCUUGCCACCAACCUGUGUAUUCCUUGUGGCAUUAUUUUACAAAGGGAAACAUUAAGCUUAAAUGAACUUUCAUCUGUAUCCUAGCAACAGACUAUGAUUAAUCAUACCUCUCAGGUAAAUGUGGAUAAAUAAAUGUUUGAAAGCAAAAGCAAAUUCUGAAUUGGCUAGUGAAAGAUUGAUUAACGAUCAGGGAAGAAGCAUCCGAUUUGGUCUUCCAGAGAAGCUUGCAAUAAACACCUAGGAGUGAGGGUUUUAUAUAGAAACAUAAAUAGAGGGUCAUUUAUAGAAAUAUAUAUGAAAGAGGAAAAUAGGAUGGGCAAAGACUUUUCUACAAGUACAGUGGUGCCUCGCAAGACGAAAUUAAUCCAUUCUGCGAGUCUCUUCGUCUUGCGGUUUUUUCGUCUUGCGAAGCAUGACUAUUAGCGGCUUAGUGGCUUAGCGGCUAUUAGCGGCUUAGCAGCUAUUAACGGCUUAGCGGCUAUUAACGGCUUAGCGGCUAUUAACGGCUUAGCGGCUUUAAGAAAAAGGAAACAAACUCGCAAGAACUCGCAAGACGUUUCGUUUUGUGAAGCAAGCCCAUAGGGAAAUUCGUCUUGCGGAAUGACUCAAAAAAUGGAAAACUCUUUCGUCUAGUGAGUUUUUCGUCUUGCGAGGCAUUCGUCUUGCGGGGCACCACUGUAAUGAACAGCUGUGUGUGUACACGUGCGUUCACUUUCAUCUGAAUUGUUACCCAGUCAUGGCAGGGAAAGUGCAAUACUAAGAACCUAGGAAGCUGCUUUAAAUACUGAGUCAGAUAAGAAGUGCCUGCUGGAUUGAACCAAUGGCCCAUCUAGUCUAGCAUCCUGUUCUCAAAGUGGCCCACCACUUGCCUAUGGGAAACCUGCUAGCAGGGUUUGAGCACAAAAUCACUCUCCCCUUUUCAGCAACUGGUAUUCAUAAGCAUUUCUGCCUUCAACUGGAAGCAGAGCCAACAACAGCCCUCCCCUUCAUUAAUUUGUUGAAUCCUCUUUUAAAUCCACCUGUCUCUUAUGGGAGCAAGAUCCAUAGCUUAACUAUGCACUGUGUGAAGAAGUACUUUCUUCAUUGGUCUGUCUAGCUCAGUAUUGACUACACUGAUUGGUUGCUACCUCCAGGAUUUCAAGCAUCGGUCUUCCCCAGCCCUACUGGAACAUACCAGGGACAAAACCUGUGCUUCAUAAAUCAUGCACUUCGCCACUGAACUAUGGCUCCUCUCUGAAGGGGAGAUUUUGUGGCAGAGUAACAGAGCAACCCAAGUAUCCCUUUGGUACUGAUGAAAGAAACCAAGGCCUGAUCUCGAGGCUUUUAUAGAUUCCAGGCCUUGGCCCAAUCAGUGCUAAAGGGCUUCUUGCAUGACUUUCUGUUGAUCUUUCUCUUUCUCUUGGCCUGUGUUCAAUGGUAGUGAUACACAGUCCCAGGUUCACUGUACUGUUGACACACUUUCCUAUUUAUCAAAAGAUCUCUCAGAACUACUUAGUGCUUAAUAGUGGAAAUGAAUACUGUGUCAUUUAAUUAACGGUUAGUGUUUUCAUAAAACAACUGUAGUGCUGCCUUUGAGGAACAUUUUUAUGUUUUCAGUACAAGGAGGUGUUCAGAAGAUGGAGAUCCUCAUAGAUAAUUGCCUCCUCUUGUAUCUUUUUGUAGGCCUUUCUUCAACAAUCAGUUGCACUCAUUGUGUCUUAAGCCCUGCAAACAGUAUGCUGUUCAGAUGCUGAGCCUGGCAGAUGGGCCGCACUUUCAGUGCAAUCCAAUGUGUCAACAUAGGGAGUUUUUUUGUAUCGUAUUUGUACCUUUUUUCUUUUUUCAAUCAGGCAGCAGGAUUUCACUCAGAAAAACCCAUUUAGCACAAGACUGGAAUUUGAAGAAGUAUUGUAAAGCUCUCGCCAGUGGCAAAAUAGACAUAGUUUAGUUAUGUAUAAAAUUAUGGGAUUUUUGGUAAAGGCACUCUUGAUUGUUUUACUCCUUUUCAAUGUUUUAUUUAAACUUCAGCUUUUAAGCUUGCCAGAACAUUGACAUAAUUAAAAUUGAAAUACCGCACAAGGCUGCAUUGUUAGUUCAUUAGACCAGAAGGGCUCUGAAAUAAUGAAAAAAUGUAUUUCUUGUACUAUGGAGCCAAGUUGUGUCUGUGUUCUCCUUUCCCUCCCACCCAGAAUAAAGGAUACAAUUAUUUUGUAUUGAGGGAUAUCUCACAACCUAGUCAGUAUUUGAGGUGUCCUUAUCAGGGUUUAGGGAAUUUGAUAAUCAAGUGCAAGGAUCAUUAACCAGAAUUUUUUCUCAAGCAGUUUAUUAUUUUUAAAGCCUGGAUGUUUUUAUCAACCUUUAUAACUAGAGCAGAAAUAAAACCAUUCCAGUUCAGAGGCACAAUGUGUACACCAAAGACUAUAGAUCAGCUGCUGUCAAAUCCAUUUUUAUGAACUGUUUAAUUAUACUGUCCUCUCGCCUGUGUGGAACAAGCAGGGAACUGUUUAGUUACUGUUCAAUGUCAAAGCGGCACUUUCAAUUUAUUACUCUUCAUUUGCAAAAGUUUUUUAGGAGUAGGGUGGAGUUAUAUCAUGUGAGGUUAACUGUUGACAGUGUGCACAGCAGAUUUUCACUUACUCAGAAAUUUUGCUACUAUGUUCUACUUUGUCCCCCACACCCCACAUCUUGGGUGGGGUGGGGGGAGAAUCAUUCAUAUUUCACCUCCCUGGCCCAGGCAGCUUUACCCUCCCUGCUAGUUUUGGUCAGUGAAGAGGGGCAAGGGUCCAGGGUGCAAGUGGUUGCCCUGACCAAUCCAAGCACCUUGUCCACAUUCUUGAGCUUUACUAACUGAAACUCAAUCAACACAGCAGGGACUAAACAGUGCUCUGGAACACCCUCUUGCUAACCAAAUCCCUUGAUAUGUAAUUGAUACUUUUGCCAAAAUGAAAGCAAGGAAGAUUUUAAGUGAUUAAUUGUAAUAAAUUGUGUUCUCUUUGAAUUAUGGAAGAAUUUGAUAAUUCCUAUUCUUAAUUUUAGUUAUUGUAAAUACAGUGGUACCUCAGGUUAAGAACUUAAUUCAUUCUGGAGGUCUGUUCUUAACCUGAAACUGUUCUUAACCUGAGGUACCACUAUAGCUAAAGGGGCCUCCCGCUGCCACGUGAUUUCUGUUCUCAUCCUGAAGCAAAGUUCUUAACCUGAGGUACUAUUUCUGGGUUAGCAGAGUCUGUAACCUGAAGCAUCUGUAACCUGAAGUGUCUGUAACCCGAGGUACCACUGAAAGUAGUUAUAGAAAUUCUGAUUUGUGACUCUGAAUACCAGUUGCUGGGAAUCACAAGUGAGGAGUGUUCCUUUCCUGCUUGUGGGCUUCCCAUUGGGGCAUCUGGUUGGCCACUCUGAGAACAGAAUGCUAGACUAGAUGGACCCCCUUUGCUCUGGUCCAUCAGCCAGGUUCUUCUUAGGUAUGGAUAACAGUUGCUGGGAAUCACAAGUCAAAAGAGUGCUGUUGUAGUCAGCUCCUGCUUGCAGACUUCCCAGAAGCACUCUAUGAGGAUAGGAAGCUGGUUUAGAUCCAGCAGGGCUCUUAUGUUGAGGGAAUUGGGUAGCCUGGAAAAGAUUCUGACUAACAUCAGGCGUAAGAGCUACUCGACAGUGGAAUGGACUCCCAUGCGUCAUGGUGGUCUCUCCUUCUUUGGAGGUUUUUAAGGAGAGGUUGGGUGGCCAUCUGUCAUGGAUGCUCGAGUUAAGAUUCCUGCAUUGCAAGGGGUAUCUACAAUUCUAUGAACCAUGAUCAAAUUGUAGAUGAGUGCUUUUUUAUUAGGGGAUGACACACAUUCAACAGCAGCACUACCAUCAAGAAGGUUGUGGUGGUGGUUAUUUGCUGGUUGCUUUAUCUUGCCCAGGAGUUUCAUGUACAGUACAGUAGGCUGUCAUGUCAACCCAAAAUUUGUUGGCUGGUGAAAGGUCCAUAAAAGGACAUAGCCUUCAAAGAGUUGCUACUCCUUCUUCUUUCCUUCCCAUCCCUUGAUGCCAUACUUUCCUCUGCCCAUAACUCUGCUAUUAUACUUCCUUUUGCACUGGACUUUGCAGGGUUGUGUCUAAGUGGGUUCCCGCCCCUGCCCCCCCCCCCCCCAUCCUGCCACUUUCCCUGGGGAAACCCACUGUUACUGUUGAAUUGGAACAAAUUGCAAGUGUUACAAUCCCCAAUUGCUGCUUGUUCUGAUUCAGUGGGAAACAGUGGGUUUUCCUGUUGAAAGCAGUGGGACAAAAAAGUACUGCUUGGAUAGGCCUAGACCUGGAAUGUGUGGGCAUGUGCCUAGAAAGCACAGUGCAAAAGGAAGUCUGAAUAAUCCCUCAGGUGAGCAUUUCCCAUCAGCAGUUUGGAUUGAUAAUGAUAAUACAGACCCUGAUCACUGUGUUAACUUGUACAAGAGGACAUUAUAUUUCUAUUGCUGCUCUUUGCUGAAGGACUGAAAAGCUGUAAUGGCUCUUUGAUCUGGAACUCACUUGCCAAACUCAUCUGUUAAGCAUUCAGCUCUGUAACAUUCAGAUCUUAAUCUUUGUUGUCCCUUGGUUAUCUGAGAAGCAAUGUUGCAUUGCCUGACAAAGAAUUCACAUUGUUCCAGGCCUGUGGGCAAUAACAUUUUUCAGGCUGCUGAUCUGUCUUUAUUAUUCGAAAAAUAUAUACAAAAAAUAGUUCCAACAACUCCUCAAAUAGCAUUUUGUAGGCUUCAGCUACUUUAUGUCAAAGUACAGAAGCAUGUAUGAAUAAUGUGGCAGAAUUUAGUCUGGUUUUUUGUUUUCGUUUUGCUCAUCUGAUUUCAGAAAAAUAUAGAUAGUUGGGAGAGGGUUUACAGUGUGUGUUCUGAAUAUUAAUACUAUUCUAGGCUCAAUUAUGGGGGUUAGGCUAUUCAUACCAUUUUACUUGCAGAGAUAUUUGUUUUGUUCUUGCAAUGUAAUUUAUAUAAGAGUUUUCACGAAUACUUGCAUUUUAGAAUGAUAAGCCAGAAAAAUAAGUGUACUGUUGUGAGUUUGGGAAAUUCAAUUGCUGAAGUAGCCAGGCCAGUUUCUUGGUAAGAGUCCUAAGCAUUUCAUUAGUCUGACAAAGGAAAUUGCUGUGUGCCAGAGGACAAGUGGAUGGGCCCCCUCCCUUACCUGGCUGGUAGUCAGAAGGAUAAUAGCCAGAGUAGAGUGUGUGAGAGCUGGGCUAGAAGCAGGCAGAAGCCAGACAGUGAGAGCCAUGCCUGAUUUUUGUUUGACUCCAAGCCUAUGAUUAUGGGAGAAGCAAAACCUUCUGGGGUGUUAAUGCUGUGAGCUCCUCCAUCAUAGGUUCAAGUUGUAUAUAUGUGUAAAAAGCCAUAUAUUACAAAAGCACCACAGUGUUGUUUGCUGUCCUGCAUUCUAAUGAAACCGACCUCUGGGUAAGUGCCGGGAACCCUGGCAGUCUUACACUACUCAGAGAUUUGGGUAGGGUGCAACAACUCAAUAGCGUAAUAGGAGCAGCAAAUAGUUUCACAGAAGUAAAGAUUCACAAAGAAGAGGAAAGUAUUUAUAAAAUUAAAGCGUAUUCUAUGCCAGCUAAGGAACUAAAACUUGCUUUCAGGGGUUGAUCCUGUAAUUGGUAACUCUAGCAAUGUAGCUCCUCAUAGGAUUGGAGACUUGCCUGUAUUUACCUAGCCUAAGGCAUAAUUUUCCAUUAUGCCUCAUGGAAACACAUGAAAAGCUCCCAUGCAUCUUUGUGGGGAUUCCACCAAAGGCACUUGAAAUUGACUGUGUCUGUUCUUCAUGGGUUACUUGAGGGGGUGUCUCAUUAGUAUGAUACAAAUUUGGUUCUGGGUUAAUUUUGUGAAGGAAGAGAAGGUGCAUUUUUAGGAGCUCAUGGAAUUUUCCAAACAAGGUUGUAUGCCCUCUUGCAUUUGUUUUGUCUUCAAAAGUAAAGCUGCCAGAGAAGAGGAGAUUAUAAACAUUACUGCCCUAGCAAAUCUGACCAUAUGGAAGAUCCCAUAGAGAUAACAGUUACAAAGCCCUAACCUACCUCAGUAGAAGCAGGCUGCAGGCAGGAGCCAGAAAGUUCAGAGCCAUGCUUGAUUUCUGCUGGAAUCCCAAGCAGAAGCAUGGGAGAAGCAAGACCUUCUGGGGUGUUGAUGCUGUCGAUCUUCGGCUCAGGUUGUACGUAUGUGUAAAUAAAGGCACCACAAUCUCUGCUGCCCUCAUUCCAAGGAAACUGAACCCUGGGACCCCUGCAAUCUUGCACCACUCAAAGAUUGGGGUGGCAUGCAACAAUACAUUUAAUAUAAUUGCAUGAAAUAUGACCUGAAGGAUCCAUUCAGAUUGACUUAGAUAGGAAGAGAGAGAUACAAACAGUAAAUUAGUUGAAGGGCUGAAAUGACAGUGACAAAUGAUAAUGAACAAACUGGGUUGGGGAAAGAUAAUCUUGUGGCACAGAGAUCAUCCUUGGGUCCAGGUUUUAAAUGAGCAAUUAACAUCUUCAUUAGUGUGAUAAAUGAGGAAACAAACAGUAUGUUUAGCACCUGUCUACAAAAUGGAGGAAAAGAAAAGCAAUACAUUGCCAAGCACCUUGCAGAUUUGAAACAUGGACAACUAGCUGUGUGCGUGUGCUUAAAAAUCAUACAUAAAAGCAUUAGCAAAACUUUUUUCAGUGUUUUAUGUUAACUCAGGAUACAGGGAUAUAUCUAUAUAUCGGAUAGACUUAGAAAUGGCUAAUAAAAUGGAUGGAAACCAUCAUUGCCCCCAACUUGGUGACAAUAAAAUAAAUGAUGCAGAGAGGGAGCUGCAGCCCAAUAUAGGAAAAGCAGUAGUGAGGGAGCACCUGGAUUCUUUCAACAAAACAUAGCUAAGAGUAGCCAGAGUUUCUGAGUAAUGCUAAACUCUGUUAAAUUGUAAGUGAAAGCUUCUAAACUUCUCACAGCCAUGCUGGAAGAGGAGAGGCAGGGCAGGGGAGCACAUGACCCCUGAAGGAAGGCAUAGCUCAUUCCCAUCAUGAUGAAUAAUGGUUUGACAGUGCUUGAUAGACUCUCAUGAUUCAGUUUUAAUAAGUAUGUAGUAUGUUUGUAUAGGGGACGCGGGUGGCGCUGUGGGUUAAACCACAGAACCUACGACUUGUCGAUCAGACGGUUCGAAUCCCCACGACAGGGUGAGCUCCCGUUGCUCAGUCCCUGCUCCUGCCAACCAAGCAGUUCAAAAGCAUGUCAAAGUGCAAGUAGAUAAAUAGGUACCACUCCGGCGGGAAGGUAAACGACGUUUCCAUGCACUGCUCUGGUUCACCAGAAGCAGCUUAGUUAUGCUGGCCACAUGACCCGGAAGCUGUACACCGGCUCCCUCGGCCAAUAAAGCGAGAUGCGUGCCGCAACCCCAGAGUCGGUCACGACUGGACCUAAUGGUCAGGGGUCCCUUUACCUUUAUGUUUGUAUAGUGUUCAUAGUUUAUUUUUAAAAUUCUUAAUUUGCAUUUAAAAUAAUCCAAUCCAAAAAAUAAUAAUCAAAUGUCCAAUUGACUACAGGCACAAUUAUUUCACUCCUUGUAUUUAAGUGUUUUUCCUUCCUUCAAAACAAAACAAAAUAUGCUGGGUUAAGUGUACAGAGUCACUGUACAAGAGCAUGUAUAUGCAGUAUUAAGUCUGAGGCCAGUUUUGAGCCAGAUUUUCUGCAACAGAGCAAAAACACCCAACUGUUAAUAAGUGGAGAGAGGGGUCGAAAUUGAUUGGAGCAUGUUAGGCUGAAAAGCACUAAACAAGAUUUUAAUGUUUAAGUAACAAAGGUACCUUUUGUUCUCACAUCAGCACCAACAGAACAGCUGGAAAUAGAUGUCCUUUUGAAAAAAGGUCAUUGAAAAAUGCUUUGACAUGCCAUUAGAAGUAAUAUGAGGGCAAUGCACAUGCACAUGAUGACACCAAAAGUUCAUCAGAAGUUUAAACUCUGCUAUCUAUUUGUAAUAGAGAAGCAUAGUUGCUUCUCUAGUUAUAAUAUUUCAAGGCGUUCUGGACAUAAUUUAAAAAAUUGUUAUUGAUUUCAUUUUACAAUGCCCACCUCUGUUUCAGGAUCACUAACACAGCACCUGUUGGUCCCAGUGCUUCUGUCAGUACCUCUUAUAGUGCCUGCAAAAGGUCUUGGUAAACAUCUCAAAAAUUCACAAUGCCCAUAUUUCAUUGGGUGCUCAGAUUGGACACUCACUAUUCCUUCCGCACUGAGAAGAGGUGAAAUAACUUCUUUCUGUGAAUUAGUGUGGUGGUGGCUGAUGUAGUUGCCUUUUUUCUUUAAUGGGGGAUAUGUCUGCACCAUAGCUGUCAACGUUUUCCUUUUUUUAAAGGGAAAUUCCCUUAUUCUGAAUAGGAUUCCUCACAAGAAAAGAGAAAAGUUGACAGCUACGGUCUGCACUAUUUUAUGAUCCUAUAUCUUUUUCUACUCUUUUGGAUGUGGCAGUCAUUUUGUUUUAUGACACACUAUAUGUCAGCCAUUUUGUGACUGGCACCUAUAGCACUUUCUCAGAAUUCCACAUAUUAGACUAUUUUCUCUCUUCUUUUUUAUUAUAAUACAUGAGUUACAUUGCAUGUGAAAAAUAGAAAUAUAAUACCAUUACAAUUCUUUAACAUGUCUAAAAAAUCUGUUUCCCUACUCCAGCUUCUUCUUGUUUUCACUAUUUACGGUGGUUAUUUGAGUUAAUGGUCAGCUUCAGUCCUUCAUUUCUACAGUCCUUUGCUUCUCACAUGAGAUUUAUAAGCCCAGUCCUAGUAUGACUUACGUGAUUGCCUGUAUGAUUCACAUAAGUGUGAGUGUUAGUGAGUGAGGAAUAGCAUGUGAGGUGAGGCCUGAGAAAAAAUGCCUGACUCUUUCAAAACGCAGUUACUUCUCUUUUCCCCAGCAAUCCUCCAUCACAUUUCAAGCCUUCUCAGUGCAUACCAAGAGAAAUUCCCUACUGAUAGUUUUGUCUAUCUAAAUGGAAAAAUUCUCGCAGUUUUUAAUCUUUUAGUUAGAUUUUUGAAUUAAAAGGUGUCAGUCGUUUUUGUGCUCCUCAGCACAUGUACUGGGUUGUGUUUAGCAGGUUGAACAGUAUAACUAUCAGCUAACACAUCAGUUAAUCCAUCAGCUUAGACCAGCAAAAGAACAGACUAAAACAGAAUAUAUCAAUGAGAAGUCACCACACACCCUUCUGGAAUGGGAAAGCCUGCAUACCAGAUGUAUUCCAUAUUUAAGUCAUACUACAUCCAUCACUUCUGUUUCUGUUUAAGUAUAUUGAAGAUUGUUACUGUGGCUUUUUUCUUUAUAUAAAUGUGUGUGUGUGUGUGUGUGUGUGUGUGUGUGUAGUAUACCCCACUAUUUGCCUUGUAUUUACAUCAGUAGUUUCCACAUGAAGCUGAAGUCUUAAUAUAAGACAAACUGCAGGAAAGUAAGGAGGAUUUCUGAUAUAUGUGACAAAAAUAAGUCCCAAAGUACAAUACAAGUAGCCAGUUGUGUUCACAUUACAUGCUGGAAAAUGUUCUAGCCACAUGAAAACCAUCAAAAUGACCACAGCCAGUUUUCACAAAAACUGAAUUUGGCUAGUCCUGGAGACAUGUUGGCUCUUGUAUAUUCAGUAAUGCAAGAUACAUUUUCUUUUGGUGAGGAAAAUGUGUUGUGAAGUAGAUCUUGCAUUACAUGAAUUGGCCCACAGAACUGUAAAACAAAACCUCAUCCACCACCAUGUUAAUUCAAAUUGUUCGCUUGAUACAUUCAUUUCCCAGUGGAAUUCAGUUUGGGAUGCUCAGUGCACUGAUUUGCUUCCAGCUGAAUUUCUUCCCAAAGAAAUUCCUGGGUUUUUUAUAUUAACACCCCCCCCCCCAUUUAACUGGAUAUUUAAAUGUUAGGUAAUUUCUCAUGAUUUUGCUUAGGUGAUUAAGUUAGCCCGUCCUUACGUUGAAUACUCUGUGCCAGUCUUCCAUGGAAUUCAAAAGUCGCAACAUUGCCAUGUUUGAAUGACAGUUAAGUAUAUCAGCUCACUCCUUGACAGGAGGUCACAUGGCUUUGUGAUAAAGUACAACAUUAAGUGGGUUUCUGAAUAAUAGAGUUUGUGAGUUUUUUGUCUUGUGCAACUUUUGACACAAGUCUUCGGCCUUCAGUGAAUAAUUUUGAAUACCUGGAACUCCACAGCCAAGCUGCCAAUCAGGCUGCCACCUUUACUUCCCUUCAGGCUUUACAGUGAAGGAGAUGGGAGAGGCUCUGAACAUCAAUUGCUGCCAGAUUUCAGCAUUGUACCGCAAAGCAACAGGCAAAAAUGGCACACUUUCCCCAGCCUCCCUUGUUUCAACAGCUUGACAAGUUAGGCAGCCAGGCCCCUUGGUGAAGCAAAUCUGAAGAUUCUCCCUUUCCUGUGAAAGACACAGUCUUUCUCACAGUAUUUCUCAACUAUAAUUGAAGUGGGAUAAGGCAGCAUGAACGAUCACAUAGUCUCUGGUCAAAUCCUUCUUGUGAAAGAGAAUUAGAGAUAACAUCAAUGCUGUGGAGGUCCAUUCAACUUCUGCUUCUUCCAGUUGAAGAAGUUAUCUGAGAUUUCAAAGGGACAGGUCUACUUUUUUGAAGAAGAAGAGGUCUUUGAAGAAGAUCUAUAAAAGUGUUGGCUAACUUCAUCUAGGUGGUAAAAAGGUGAUGGCCAUGAUGUUGCAAUGGGGCUGAUGUUGAAAGUCCCAAGCUUUGCUAUAGGUGCCCUUGGAAAAGUCAAGUUUUUCAGUAAACCUCAGAUAUCCUUCUAGACAAUGGAGUAGUAAUAGUCAUUCCGAUUUCAGAAGGAUUGCUAUGUGAAUUUAAUAAAAUUAAACAAUUCAAGACAAUAUAUAUACAUGAUUAAGAAGAAAAACUAGGGAAUGUGUGUGUGUGUGUGUGUGAAUAAACAGCCAUAGUUUUUUACCCAAAAGGAAUGGGAGAUUAUAGCACCUCAGCUACAGAGUUAUUCAUUUAGGAAACUAGAAAGUGUGUCUUCUGAGUUUAUGGCUCAUAGGGGGGUGCUGGAAUGACAUGAUGUCCCGUUCCCCCACCCCCUGUUUCCUUCCUUUUAACAUGCUUUGCUAUUUUAAAUGUGUUUCUGUAAUGAUGCAUGUCUGCUUCCUUUGUGUUUUUUCUUCUUGUUCAGGUAUAGUCAUUAAAGGAUCAGGUUUUGUGUUGGGGUGGGACAUAAUAAUUCUGUCCUUUCCAUUGUUUAUAAAUGCCAACACCAAUGUAUUUAUUAUUUCCUCAUAAUUUUCCUCAGCUAAACAUAGAGAGAGCUUCCUAAAGUGUAACUACUCCCCUUGCUGGUAUUUAUAAGUCAUGACAAUGUUGGCUAUAAUGCAUAAAAAGAUUGGCUAUAAUGCAUCAAAAUAGGAAAUGUGGACCAAAUAAAUUUUGUAAUAAAAAGCAUCAGAAUAGUCUUCUGCUGAUAAUGAUAAUAUUUUAUUCAGUUUCAGAGCAAAAGUUGACUUCUGAAGUAUGGAAAUUUUUGAUAGCUAUUUUUGUUACAUAAAAAUAAUCAUAGUGCAGAAACAAGUAGCAGUAGGAUGAAAAAGAUACCUGUGCAUAAACAAAUAAAAACUCAGUUUUGUUACAGUUACACAUUCUUAAAUGAUUUAGAAACAAGCUAUAUUGUUUCUCAGACCAUAAUUUGCCUGGCUGACAUCUAACAGCAAACUAUGGUUUGGUGCCACUAUGUAUUAGUAAACCACCUUAUGAGGGCAGUAUGUCCUGAAAGGCAGGUUAUUUAUUUUUGUUCAUUAAUUAAACUUUUAGACUGCCCUUUAUUGUUGCAGUAUACAAUCAGCAUGAUUAAAAUUAAUCACACUAAAACAUAAUAAUACAGUAGAACAAAAAACUUUCAUAUAAACAAUGUAUAGGUAACUAAAAUAAUAGAACAGACUAGUCAACACAAACAACAUAAAAUCUCCAAACAGAUUAAAAAUUUUGAACUGGCACCAAAGAGAUUGUAAAGUCAGCACCAGCCUCUACAAGGAAGGGUAAUCUACAAUUGGGGUGCCAUGUCAGAGAAUGCUCUCUUCUGUUCUUGCCAUAUAGGAGCCCUAGUGAAGGUACAUAACGAAGAUCCUCAGCUGAAGUUCUUAAGACAUAGACAUGAUGUUCUAGAGAAUAAGUAAAGUAAUUCGCCAGUUUUCUAAAAUUCAAAAGAAAAGGAAAACUCAGAGCAGUCAUCUUGAGGGAAGAUUAUUCCAUAGCUGCAACUUAAAAUGCCCAUCCCUAAACCACCAUAGAUCUUUACCUCCUUUUCUGAAUGUUUACAUAAGGUUGAAAGCCAUAAAAGUACUUGGACCUUACAUGUAUUAAGGAGACAUUUGUUCCUAUGGGGACCUCAAGACAGAAUUUGCUCUUGCCUGUAGUUGUUCUGUUCCUAGUAGUAGACUAAGAUAUCUUAAACACCCUAAGCUGAAUAACACUUGGAUGCAUUGUUAGCUGUUGACUGUCAAGGUGGGAGUUGGGAGCAGGUCAAGAAGAACUUACAAGGUGUCAGUGAAGUUAACUCUUUAUUCAAAGAAAUGAAAUGGCUCAGGCCUACUGGACAGAGCAACUCUUCCCAGCAAGUCUUGCCCCAAUGAGGCAGUUGCAAGCACUGGAGCACUGAUCACUCAUUGUGAUCCCACCACCAAUCCCCUGGCUCUGAGCUUUCUUUCCUUGGGGGUACCCCAGCUGGUGCCUCCCACCAUUCUUCUGCAUCCAACUAGUCCAGGACAUUGGUCCAGGGAACCCAAGCCCUCAAUCUUUUGUGAUGGGUCCCAGAUCCUUUUCCCUUUUGCCUCUCCUUUUCAAAAAGUUUUUAAACUAUGCUUAUGGAAUGGUUUGGUGCACUUCAAAGUAAAAUGCUGGUGAAACACUCUUAGCCACCCAUCACCUUUAUUUGAUUAGAGGCCUCUGUGUAUAUCAGCUGGCAUGUGCAAACUUGUGUCAUAGGCCUGUGCACUGUUAUUUAAAUACCCAUUACCCCAUCUGGAAACUUGCAUUGUUUGGUUUGGUUUUCUUCCCUCCCCCUCCAACACCCCAUCUUCUUGCAUUUUCUUCUCAGUUGUGAUCUUUUAAUUGCUGCUGGCAGAAAGUGUGCAUAUGGGAGAGAGAAGAUGAAUGUGACUCUGCUAUCCGUUAACCAGGCACUUUCUGAGAAUGGGUGUGUAAGAAUCAGUUCCUUCAUCUAUGAUCUCCUUGUGCUAUUCCACUUGCCACAGUUCCCCACUGAUGUUGUCUCUUCCUCUCUUCCCAUCAAAAAGAGCUUCAUAAUUUUCAUAAAGACAACCCUGCCAAUGUAUGACUACUUGCGUUAGGCAUACUGCUUGGAGUUUGUGGGUGCUUUGUGUCCCUUUCUAAAGGCACUGCUUAUCAAUGUUCCACAAAAUGCAGCCAUUUGGUCAUGAACCCAGCCAGGAAUCCCUUCCUGGUGACUGUGUUAGUGGAUGAGCUUCCUUCCACACAUGACUUGGAAGGGGCUGAGUUUCCCAACGAAUGACAGAAGCAGAGACAUUUACCACUCCUUACAGACCUCCGUGGCACUUGCAGAAAGCCUUGGGCAGGCACUAGAUUUUCACUUCAAGCUAGCCUGGGAGAAACAAGCAGUGAUGGGGAAUCCUCACAGCUUCAACAUAUUUUCUACCCCAGCAUAAAAUGAAUCCUUCUCCCAAGACCCGUGCACAUGCCAGAGGACUUUGGGAAAGGGGCUUGAGUGACCACAUACAGUUCUUGAUUGUAAAGGUAAGCCAUUGCUGCAACUGAUUUGACACCAUUGCUUUAUUAUUUUAAGUUCUAGCAACUACAAAAUAUUAUAACUGAAAUUCUUAUUUUUAUUAACUAUUUUGUUUUCUUUAUAGAGAUAUUUCUAUCCUGCCUUUCUAGUCACUAGGCAUAAUUCAGGGUAGCUUACAACUAUUUAAAAUCCACAAUGUAAUAAAAUACAAUAAAACAUGACAUUAAAUUUAUUAAUAUGAUGGAUAAGGGUAAAAACUUUCAGACUGAUUUUUUAAAAACAGAAAACCAAUAGGAGGUUAUUUCUUGCAAAACUUAUUUUCCUGAUUUUCAUUUUGUCACUAGAGGGCACUUCACCACACAGAAUCAUCUUUGUUAACUUGUUCCUUGGAAAUGCAGCACUUAUUUCAAUAUAAGGUUCCCCUGUAUGAAAACUCCGUUCACUGCAUUUUGAAAUGAUACCUGGUACAACUAAAAAGGAAGUGAUGCUUGCAAGAGCUGCUUUCUUCCUGGACCCAUUGAAAAACUGGUUAACAGUGUUAAUCAACAUAGUCAGUUAAAUUUAAUCUAAGGUAACUUCAUUUGAGAUGCACAUAUCAUCAUUAUAAAAAUCAGGAAACCCUUUUUAUGUUACAUGCAAAAAAAAAAAGGAAGCACUGUAGGGAGCUUAAUUCUACAUCUGAAAAACUAAAAAUUUCAUGUGUUAAUACUGAGCUUAACUUAGAGAAAUGUGUUUCAUGUGUACUUUUAAACUUCAGAUGUAAGCAGCAUCAUACAGAAAAGGGAAAGUGAACUGGGUGAUCUUGUUCAACCCCUAUACAGUACAGUUGAUUUUCUGCAAGAUUAGCUCUGGACAGUUACCUGUAUAUUGUCAAUGUGCAGGCUGUGGACAUGGCAUCUAAUUUCAACAGUUGAGGUACUUUAAAAUGAAAACUACUAACCUCCAGGAGUUUUGAAGUUGAUAUAAGUUGGCAUUCCUGUCCAUACACAGGGUAGUAGUCAAUAAAAUUUACUCAGAGUAAACCCACUGAAAUUAAUGGAGCUGGCUUAGUAGUGUUCAUUAAUUUCAGUAGGUCUACUCUGAGUAAAACCUAUUUGAUUAUCACCAAAGGUAUUGUGCUGUUAUUAAGGGUGAUUCAGACAUCGCUCUUACGCAGAUAUACUGUGUUGAGAAAACACAAUUCACAUCACUUGUUUAGUGACGGGUGUGAGUUUUUAUGUUUUUUGAGAAUGCUGACUUGAAAGGAAAGUGAUCUAUUUAAGAAAUAUAUUUAUUAUGUAUAAAAGUGUCUCUGAUACUGUACACAAUUAGGUUAAUAAGAACAAACCCUGCCCACAGGGUUGCAAUCUGAAAAGGAAGGGGAAAGAAGAGAAGAGGCAGGUGUUAAAGGCUUAGGGGAAUAAAUACAUUUAAAUGCUUUCAUAGAGAGAGAGAUUGAGGGGGGCAUCAAGUUGCACAGAAAUGGAAGCAAGACUGAAAAAGAUGGAGGAGUGGAAUAGAAGGUUUAGACAAGGGAAAGUAUCAAGAGCAGAGAAAUUAAGAAGGCCAAGUGAGAAAGGAAAAUAUCUAAAAAGAAGACAGAGAGACAGUGCAACCCUGUGUGUAUCCUUGCAGAAGUCCCAUUGUGCUCAAAUGGGCUUACUUGCAGGAAAGAUUUAAUUUUUUUAAAUCGUGCCACUUCAUAUAAGAAAAAUAUCGAAGCAGUUUCCAUAAAAGCAAUAAAAAUGCAACAACAUUCAGUAAAACUUUCCUUUAAAACUAGAUAAAAAUGAUUUAAGGGAAACACAAACACAACUGGAUAUCAGAACUAAAACUGGGCAGUAUAAGAAAUUAAAACAUUAAAAGUCAGAGCCCAAGAAAGCUUACUGUUUCCACUUCACAAAUCACCUGAGGAAGGACAUUUCAGACGGUGAUGGUAUCACCAAGAAGGCCUGCUGCCACAUUGUGACCAACAGGCAGUCCAUCGGUCAUGGAACACAGCCUGAAACAUUCUGUUGCAGCCCAAGUCACUCUGUUGUUUUUAAAACUGAAUCUGAAUCAUCUGAUAAGGAGGUGGGGGCCUGUGAAGUGAGACAUAACCAAGGAGAAUGGAAGCAAACUGCAGAUACAGAACAAGCCAAAAAUGGAGGAUAUCAAAUUGAAUUGUGGCCAUAGUGUUUGGGGAGAGGAGGAUUAACCUUUUUUUGUGCUAUGUCAGUCUAUGCAAUGGGUGAAUAAAUUAGGGAAGUGGUGUCAUGGCUCUUAUCUGGACCACAAUAGUUGUUUUGAACCGUAAAAAAAAAAAGUUGGAAAUCAGAUUGGAGGUUUUGCAACAUAUCUAGUUUAGCAUUCGAAAAGAGUCAAAGCAGAGGGCAGAAAGUUAUCAUAAUUAAGCUGAGAAAUGUAUAGAAAAGAAACUGUAAUGACUGUAGAGUAGAGAGAGUCAAUAAAGAAUGCAUUUUAGCAAAGCUGAAAAGUCUAAAACUACAAGUUUCUUGUAGUAGUUUGAAUGGAAAGAAUCAGAGAAGACUUCAAAGAAAAGAACACUGUUCCAGAAGUCCCUUUGGGAGAGAAGAACUAGUUAAAAACUGUUGUUCAAUAUUUGCAUCAGAAACAUAGAGGGCAGUAGUGCUAACACUAGUUGCAUGCUAAUCCUUGGUGCAUAACCAGACUUCUUUAAUUAUAACAUAGGUCACUGUUUCUGGUUCUGAUGCAGGAAGGUAUUUUGGAGUGUGUCUGAGAAUGCAGCACAGGGGUACAUGCUGUGCAAAAGUGUUCUGUUUCCACAGGUGCAUAGAGAUUUUUGAUGGCUGAUAGAAUUAUGAGCAGUUAUCUAAAACUAGAAGCAAAACAAUGCAUUGCUUCUCUUUAUUCUUCCAGGGUUGCCCCUCACUAUGAUUCUAGAUUUGGGUAGGUAGCCACCUUGGUCUGAUGCAGAUGAAAUAAAUAAAAAAACAUUAAAAAAUUGUCCAGUAGAACCUUGGAGACCAACUAUAUACCCAGAACUAACUUAGUUGGUCUCUAAGGUGCUACUGCACAAUUUUUUAAUUUCUUAAUUUAUUUCCCUCACUAUAUCAGUAUGAUUUCUAUGAAAUUUCACAAUUUAUAUGGAUCUUUGCUGGCAUCAGUGGAGAGCUAUUUUUGUGUCUACUAGUUUGCAUUACCUAGCAUGGGCACGCAGAGGCCAGCUUGCCAAAUUAUUUCCUCCCCACCCUCUCCUACUCUGUCCUGUGGCCAAGCUAUUCAAACUAUGGGGAGAAGUAAAUUGAGAGACCCCUGAGUGGCUUGCUGUACUUUGCUGAUCUGCUGCUGCCGCCGCCACCGCCAGUCACCAUGGGCAAGGAAGGCAUGUUGGGAUUCUAAUGCUCUCUACUUGGAUGUUGAAUUAUGCAAUAGACACAAGUGUUAAUUUAUAAAGACUUCACUCCUGAUCUGUGCAGUGACACAACUGUAACAAUAAAGAGCUUUGUAGCACCUUAAGGCCUAACAGAUUUAUUAUGGCAUAAGCUUUGUGAACCAUAGUCCAUUUCAUCAGAUGCAUGGAGUGUUAUUCUGAGUUGUGGGGGCACACACACACACACACACACACACACACACACACCCCUAAGUGGAGGGAGAGACAGACGAUAGAAAGUGAGGUCAAGUAAAAAUGAAAUGUAUAAAUGUACUGUGUUAAUUAGGUGCUUAAUAGCAGCAAUUCACACACACACAGAACUCUUGAUGACACAGACAUUCUGGCCGUUGGUAAGCCAAUUAACACCUAUGCCAGGCUAAAAAUCUGCACAUGAUAGCGCUGGCAAUCCUUGACAUACUGCAAUUCAACAGUUUCAUGUUGCAGUCUCCCUUUACAGUUAAUACUGUAUGUUGGUUUUUUGGGUUCCACAAGAGUGUUUUUGCUGCAAAAGAUGAAAAAGGCUUUUCCUCUGGAAACUUAACAAUGCUUGUCUUGAUAGUUCUUUCCUUUUCUCAAAUACCUGCUGCUCUGGCUGAAAAUGGACUAGCUUAUAAUACAAAUACGCAUUCUUGUAAGGAUUACAUUGAAAAUGUACCGGUAUGUGAAUUGCUUGGAUAGUCAAAACUAUAUGCACCAAGUAUUAUUAUUUUGUGCUUCAACCCAAAAAAAUGAUACAAUACAUUUUCUCAUUGAUUAGAUUUCUUCACCCUUGGAACUAUUUUCAAACUGGGUGUUUCAAAUUCUGUGUUUAUCUAGGCAUUGUUGAAGUAAAAGUUACAGCAGUCAAUUCAAUUAAGAUUGCCAUUCAUUUUAAAGUUUGAGUGAAUAUGGAAAGCCCUUAGUAACCUGUCAUUUUAACAUGCUGUAUUCUUUGUUUAUUUGAUUGUUUUGGGAAAGAAAGGUUGUCAACUUUUUUCCUGAGCAGGUUGCUUUGUCUUUAAUGGAGUUGAGUACUUUUAUGAGCGACGACUGUUUUUCUUCAUAUAACAACCAGUUUACUGUAUUGGGUGAAAUUAGUAGGAGAUUCAUUUUGGUUUCAAUGUUGCUGCAGUUAGCUAGGUUGAUAUUUGCAUGCUGAGUGGUUGUUUAAAUUUGCAGGGUAAGGUGACAGUGCAUGAGAGGGCCUUUUCUUUGAUGUCUUCCCUCCCCUAGACCUCCCUCUCUCCCAGAUGACUAAUAAUGUUUCCUUCAAAGACAGCAUUUAGAAGGCAAUUAAAACUUUCCUUCUUAAAAUCCAGCUAUUGAUAUUUGAGUUGCUGUUCUGUUGUUCUGAUUCUUCAUACAGUAUUGUUUUACUGUUUAUAGAUUUAUGUCCUUCUAACUUUCAUAGAGAAGAAAAGCAGAAUAUUGAUUAUUAAAAACACAUACUUAUAAAAUCCUUGAAAGCCAAACAAGAAAAUGUCUGUGACAUUUUUUGGUCAAUGCAAGAGAAACCAGGACCGUUAAUUCUAGGGGAAAUUUGAAGAGGGAUGACUCAGAAGCAUUCCUAAUGGCCUUUUAGGAAUGAAGUUUUAUUCUGGGUAUAUUCUGCUACAUGUUUAUGCCACAAGAAUAGUGCAUUAGUGAUUGAUUUAUUCUGCUAUGUUAAUCAUUCGGUGAUGCUUCCAAAAUGCUACCACAUUAUUGCUGUCCGGAAAGGCUAUAGAGCAACAAAAGCGGUAUAGAAAUAAAUCAGAAUAUUUGUGUUAUAAAAAUCUACAGGAUUUCAGCAGGAAGUUAUUAGAUAUGAACUGAUUGGAAAGCAAUGUGACCACCACAAAGCUUUAGCAAGCAAAAACAGGAUUGAAAGUGGGGUCAUGUAUGACUUGCCCUGAUAGCAUCAUGAGCACAAAUCAUCAAGAAUGUGCGAUAUCAAGGACAUAUGCAGUCAUAUAUAUAUAUGCUUACUUUUGUGUUGACAUUCAUCUCUGUCUUGCCUCUCUUUAGGCUUGUACAGCUCCUCCACCCCCCAAUUAUAUUACUUGUAUUAUGCAAUAAUGGCACCAUGCCACAAUUAGCGAAGAUGUUUGUCUUCUUUCUGUGGUCUUGGGAGCUAGUUAUCUUUGAAAACCAAAGGGGGAAAAUGCUUGAAAACAGCAGUUGUAAACAUCCCAUUGACACAAUAUAUUAACAAAAAGGAGUCUGUUCAUCAGGCUAAUUGAAGUUAUCAUGUGCCAGAUGGCUAAUUACAAUACUACAUUUUUAAUAACUUCCACACAUAACAAUAAGAGUCAUAUAUGGAAUAUACUAAUAAUCUGCAUUUAUCUCCACAUUAGAGAUGGCCCUGGGAUGAAAGGUGGGGAUAUAUAUAGGGCAUCUCCAGACUAUUAGUGUUUUGUGGGAGGCUUCAAGUGCACACCAGAACUUGGGGUUUGUUCAUUUUAAGUAGAUUAAAGCUCUCUGUCACCCUAGCACAGCAAAUCCACUUCAAAAACCAAAACCCCAUACUUUCUACCAUUUGAAAAAUGAGGGGGAAAGGCAUUGAAAUGUGUAGAGUGAACAAAUGGCUAAUGGGAAGAUAUGUAAAUCACCUGCAAUCAAAUCAUGUAAUUGAACCAAAAACAAAUCAGAAUGAAUACUCAAUAAACACCAGAUAUAAUCUAACCUCUGUGUACACUUUGCACAAGCAAAUCAUGAUGAAUGCUCAAUAAAUGUGUCAUCUGGAGGGGGGCCCAAAGAAAUUGACAUUCAAGCAUGUGUUCAAUACAAGGUGCAAAGGGAACCAACUGCCUGAAAAUAUACAGUGGAAUUUUAGAAUACAAAGCAAACAUCAGUUUUGUGGAAUCUACUUUUUUUCCUAGAACUCUGAGAUCCACAAACCAGAAUCCAGUUCAAAAAAAUACUACACAGAGAAUUAAAGAAUUCUGAAUGCAGGAAUUGAAAUCACACUACUUCCACGCACAAAAUCAUUCCUCCUUACCCCAAAAUGUAUUCAUUUCAGCAACAUAAUUUGGCAGAAGGCCGUCAUUUUGUAGUUGCCAUUGUUAAACAUUGUUAAACAGUUGGGAGUCCUUGUAAAUCUGUGUCAAAUCAUGCAGAGAUCUACUAGUAGAUCACAACCUACAGUACUCCUGCCCACUUCUUUCAAGGAGAUUGCUAUUUCCAACUUAAAAAGCUUGGAGACUGGGGGUUCAGGCCAAAGCCUAGAUAAUAUUUGCAAAUAACCUAGAUUCUGGCUUAGACUGGCUGUAAUAUCUCUGGUCCUAGAGCCCAUCAGCAAGGAAGGCAAAUUCUUACCCAAAAGGUGUUCAUAUAAAGCAGUCUUUAUAGUGAGUCAAAAUAUUCAUUGAACUAGGUAUUGGCUAUUAUUUAUUAUUAUUAGUGGUGGGUCUUCAAGGCAUAAAAAAGAAAUCUUUCCUUGCUCUGCUGCUCUUUUCAUGAUGAUGCUAGGAAUGGAACCUGGGACUUCCUGCACACAAAGUGCAUGCUCUACAGCCUAACCUUUAGCAGCUGAAUCAAGAUAUAAAGUUUGGGGACCAGUUUAGUGGGACGAAGUUUACCUGAACUGGACUAGUUCAAUCAGAAGAGAACUCCAUUAAUUGAUAAGCUGUUGGAAAACAAAAGAAAGUGAUUGGUAGCCACAAAGGGAGUAGUAGCUUGUUUCAGACCUGAGAGUGCAAGGGUAGGAUGUUAACUGGCAGCUGAGAAGAAAGAGUUGAGCAUCUCCAAAAUCUUCAAUUCUCUUGAAGUGUCUGUGGUCCCCCUGCACCCAGAUAUUACUGGGCAUCAGCUCUGAUGGUUGGCCAUGCUUGCCAGGGCUGAUGGGAAUUAGAGUCCGACAAUGUGAAGGACCCCAGAAUCUCCACCCCUGCCUCAUUCUUGUAGCUUUGUUUUUGGCAUCCAUCUGUCUUGGGUGACAAUGGAGGAGUGUGCCUUUUAAGGUGAUGUCAAACCAUUGGAGAGUUACAGUGCCUGCUGCGGCCGAUAUAGGAGAGACAUGUUUUGUUGCAACUGGGGCAGAUGACUGUGUCUUUAGAAUAUUCCCCCCACCCCCACCCCUCUUUUUAAAUAAUAACACACAAAUCUGAUGUGAUAAUGAUCUUCCUCUAUAUUCCUUUUCAACUUUAGGGUGUAAAGCGGUACCAACUUGAUCUUUUGCAUAUAUAAAACCAGUAUUCCCAUUCAUGAAUGACCUUUAACAAAUUAUUUCCAAUAAAUGCAGCUGGAUCUAAGUAGAAGCCUUGAAAGGUCAUAAUCUAACUAUGGAAAAUGUAGGUAAAAUGAACUCCCUGCAGCAACUGAUUACUUGGAGGUUUUUGUGUGACAUCAGUAUAAUUAUAAUUUAAAUUCAUGCAUUAGGAAUGAAUUUAAAGGUGAUGGCCUCGCCUGGUUUCUUCCCACUUUCUGGCUACUGCCAUGCUUCACUACAAAUAAGAUAAUUUGGAGUAUGCUUCUUUAUUUUACUCUAAUAAUAAAACAAGAUGAAAGCGUUUUACAUUCUGUUUUAGAGAGCCCUGUUUUUUUGUAACAUUUCACUUUUCAUCUUCAUGGACAUAGAUCAAGCAAAGUAUUUAUGUUGAAUCACACCUUUCAGAGCAGCCAAAUCUAUCCCUCCAUUGGACCUUUGUUUUUUCUCUAUGGAUAUUCGUUAUUUUUAUUGAUAUUCCUUAUUGUGACUAAAUUGCUCACCAGGCACCAAAGACAAAUGCAGAAGCCAGAUUAAAAUAAAACUGACCACAUUACAAUGCAAAAGCCUAAGUCAGAUUGAUCAUAACACAACUAAAUGCCUGGGCAAAGAGAGCAGUCUUUACCUGACACUUAAAUGCGAUGAAAAGAGGUGCAUGAUAAGUAGCCCUGAGAAGGGCAUUCCACAGAUAGAAAGUCCUCUCCCUCGCAUGAUCCCUCUCAUCUCUGAAAGUAAGAGGCACCUUGCCUACCACUGGACAGGUUCACAUGGGAGCAGGAUGCUGCUGCUGUGGAGGCUUCUAUAAACCAGAGUUGAGCAUCAUUAGUAAACUGAAAGAGCAAUUUUCUUCCAUUCUGCUGCUCAUUUAACCACCUUGGCAGCAUGACAGGUUUUAUUUUUGAAAUGAAUUAGCAUUCCAAUAAGGCUUCACUUUGAAUCCAUGUUUUUGGUCUUUUCCCUGCUGCCAACAAAUGUGCUACAUGUAGUGUACAGGCAUCCCCCCACUUACACUGAGGUUAAGUUAUGGGCCCCACGUGCAUAAAUUGCAUAAAGUGGGGAGCACCAAUUUAAAGGGUGUUUAAAUGCCCUCUCUGCCGCUCUCUCUUCCAUCCAUACAAAAAAUACUGUAUCCAAAAAUACGGUAUCCACAACUAGAAUUGAAGCUUUGGAGCCAGCAGGAGGUUGGAGGACAUGCAGGAAAGGGGCUGCUACUGCACUACUCCACACAUCAGCUGUUAAGCCGGGAGGCAGAGCAGCAUAAACAAAACCCCACUGCCCCUCUGGUCUCUUCAGGGCUUUCUCCGCUCUCACUGACAUUCUCUUCAGGGUCUGGGGAGGGUCUCCUCAUGAGCCAUGAGGAUUCUCCAGCUCUCUCCCGCCAUUUCCGAGUUUGAAUUGAAAUAUUUAAUUAUUUCCUGGUACCUAUACACAACUAAGUGCUUUGUCAAUUGUUCGUAGGUGCAGAGACACCUGUACUACACAAGCUGGAUUGGGGGGAAAGUAUUGCCUUAAAGUGCUGGUAGGUAAUGAAACCACAAGCACAGGAAGGCAAGAUGGGACUACCAAUCUGAUUUGCUGGGGCAGCAAACUUCCAUAUUUGCUUUUACUUCUGUUGCCCCCACCCUUCAGAAUGAGAGGAGUGGGAGAACUUCAUUAACUCUCAGUGGCAUCAUUGCAUAUUCAAAUUUGAUUGGCUACCAAGCACUGUGAGGUCAUGUUCACCACAUGGACCCUGAUUGAGCUUAUGUAGAGCUAUUUUGUGUUAAAAAUGGGGGGGGGGGUUGGCAUCGAAGCAGCAGGAGACAAUUACUGUGCAAUAAAAGUCGAUGAUGAUGAUGAUGAUAUAGACUUUGAACAGGAGUGGCAACAUGAAACCAUUGGGCCAUAUUCAACUAAAUAAUUGUGUGAGCAGAAUGACUUCCACUUGUACAAUGGAGCUUACACUCACACACACAAGCACACUGCCCCCAAAUCUGCUACAGAGGCUGGGGGAACCCUAGAACAAAUUUUUGGUGUGUGCAAGGGAGGAGAAGAAGAAAAAGUUCCACUACAGGGGGGAAAUAACAUGACUUCGUACCAGGUAUAAUUCCACCCAUUUUCAUGACACACCCAUCACAGGAACUUUUACAAAGAAGUCAAUAUUUAAAAAGAGGAAGAAGAAUUGACCUGACACUUCAUUCUACAGCCUGUUAAAGAGCAAGUAAAUGUUUUAAAAUUCGUGUAAAGCUUGAUUUCAGCUCUUCUGAAUUGGUAUGGCAAAACUAGGGGUUUACCUCUCCCAAGAAAUGAACAGCUACAUUCAUAACCUCCAUGUUGCAAACAUGACGAAAUCCAUGAGCUGCUGAUUCCUGAUAACAAUCAAAUUAUUCCAUCAGGCUGACUUAGUGUGCAGCCAUAUGGUUCUUAUUUAGGAAAUUAGGUAUAGUGUUCUUGUGUUUUCUGAACACUUGCGGUUACUGUUUUAGCUUUCCAGUGCAAAGUAAAAUCUGAUAUUUAAAAUAAUGAAAUGUUUAAGCAUAGUGGCAAUAAUAAUGAAAAAGAAUCAUUAACACUUGUAUAGUGCUUUAAAACAUUUUACAUGGAUUUUCUCGUUGCAAUCUUUACAACCCUGUAAAUCACUGCUAUUAUCUACCAUCAAACAUAGACUGAGGCUAAGAAGUGGUUGCUUAUCUAAAGUCUCCUACUGAGUUCAUGGCAGAGACAAAAGUUCAAACCAGGGACUUCCUGAUUCAUAGCUCAGUCUCUUCCUCAUUACACCAUGCAAGCUCUUUAUUUAUACAUACCUCUUGUAUGUAUACCUCUUACACAUACUGCUGUGCUUAGAAAAGGAGCUAAGGCAAAUUUUGGCUCAGAAUUGAAGUCUAAUUUCACUUUCCCCUUUUUAUUCACAAAAACAUUAAUGAAUGUGUACUCCCAAAUUCUUUUCACAUGAGAGUCCCUUUGUCAAAUUGAGGAGAACAUCUUGUUUGGUUGGCAUUGUCGGUAAUGACUUCAUUAGGCAGAAGCUGAAUGUGCACACGUGGGUCAGCACAAGAUAUUUGGCUGCAUUAACUUUUGCAAAUGUUUAUGUUCCCAGGGUCCUUUGAACCUCCUAGGAACAGCUCUGCAUCCUUAUUAGAGACUGACAAUUAAAGAACUGUUUUCAUAUCAAAAGUAAUCACCAAAAAUUAGCCAGGGAAAGACUCUAGAAUGCUGUGAGAAUUCAAAGGCUCUGAAAUGGCCAGCUUUCCUUCAUUUGGUUCAAUCAGUUUCAACUUGGGGUUCCUUUUUAUGUUUAACGCUGCCAGGGUAACUGGUGAGUUGGCACCGUGACAGCUUGCUACGAUUAUGCAAUACUAAGGAAAAGGCAAUUAAUUCAUGGCGGGACCUUUUCAUCAUACCCUGUCGCUUAAUUUGCACAAAAUAAAUAUGGUGAAGCUAUAAGGCACUCUAAAAAAUAGGGAGAGGACGCAUACUUCUACCAUAUUUUAUUGAAUUUUGUUUACAUAUCUAUAUUCAAAUCUGGUCAAAUUGGAAUGGUUCAUGGGGGGGGGUAUUUAAUCUACUAGCUUGCAUGCUUCUUAAGCAAAGAAGCAAUUCUCCAAUUUUACACUGUUGAGGUAUUAAACAUUUCUGUGGUCCAACCUUCCAGCAUAAGUCAAGCCUACAAUGCAAAUCAUUCAUUCAAUGCUAGUCAGUUCACUAUGUGCUAUAUGCAUGUGCUUUCCAACGAGAGCAAGUGCAAAGAGCAGUAACUAGAAUGAUUGCAAGGAGAAAAGAUUCAUUUGACAAGCCUAUAUUUUUAGAGUUUGCUACAUUUAGAGAAGGCAAAAGUGCCUGAGAGACAAUGUGAAAGCACUGUUGCAAAUGCAACAGAUACAAAUAACAGUAGAUGAGCCAUUCAGAUUGAAGAAGGUGCUUGUUAUUAGAACUAAUGGCUGCAAAGUAGCAAAUGUGCAAGUAAGACAUUCAGGACUAGCCUCCCUAGUGAUAACGUUGGGAUAUGUUAAGAAACUGCUAUUGCUGUCUCAGAGCUUGCAGGAGUAGUAAAGCAGGUGGAUAAACAGAAUUGUGAUAAUGUUUAUCUGAUUGUGUAGAAAUGUGUAAAGGCUUGUAUGCUAGGGCAGCAAAUUGUGUGUUAAGAAUUUGGCAUCGUUUUUUCUAUACUAUUGCAACACCACAAAACUUUGUAUGUUGCCACUGUGGUGGAAAAGAACAUGGGUACAAAUGGGUUGAGUUUCCAGAAUAUAAUAGUUUCAGAUAAUGGUGCAAGUCAAAAUACUUAGGGGAAACUACCCUUAAUAAUGAGGACUUAGACCAAUGAUCCUGUUGCAAAUCCUUCAAAAUGAAACUGUCAGAGAAGUCUUUCCAGAGUUCUACAAUUUCUUGGUAUGUUUGAGAUAGAUACCAUAAAUGAUCCCAUUUGCAUUUGUAGGCAUUCCUGUAAAUACAGUGAAACGGCAGGCCACAUGCACAAAAUUCAAUUUCCCCUCUGGGCUGUCUUUAGAAGCUCAUUGAUGUCACUUCCUUCCUCAGUCAGCAAGUGAGUUUUUCUUUAAUUCUCAGCCCCAGCUGUCUAUGCUGUCAACACAAAGUUAUUAAAAUUCCUUUAAAGUGAAAUAAAAAUAGCCUAAAAACAAAUGUACUGGGAAGCAGGAAAGCAUCAGUAUUCAAAGUCCACAAACCUUUGAGCAAAAUAGAGUUGAUCCAACCAGAGAUUGCAAACAUUGGUCUUUCCAAGCAUCUUGUACAUCAUUAAAGGAUGUUUAAAACACAUACUCCUUAAUCUUUUAUUACCAAAAAGAGAGAGCCUUAUUUGGUUACAAAAAUUAGCCUCAAGAUGUGAUUUCAAUUGUCACAAUGAUGUUCUCAAUGAACACAGCAGUGCCUACUGAAACACUGCCUAAAUAAUGUUUAAUUUUCCUUCUUGAAGCAAAAAAGUAACACUUGUAUCUACAAAACAAAAUAGUACACCAUUAUGCAGGAAGUAAUUACCAUAAAGAGACAAUCCUCUGCCAUAGCCUAAAGCAAUAAGUAAUCUUGAUCCUUUUCUCUCUCUCUCUCUCUCUCUCUCUCUCUUUCUUUUUAGGAAGAUAGUUACUUUAAGAGAUCAUUAGACAAGAUACUUCUUUAAAACCUACCUUUCAAAGUAAGAAAAUACUAGGACUAUCUUCACAAAUGCCUUACUUGGAAUUGAGUGAUGUAGAGACCUAGAAUCCAAAUUCCAAGCACUCCGAAAUUCAGGACACCAUUGGUCAUAAACCAAUAAUUGAGUCCAUUUGGGUUUCCUUGUUAUCACCCAGAAAAUUACCUACACUUGCAGAUAUUUAUCUUCCAUAGCUAACAGUCACUCUUUAUUAUUCUUUAUUAUUUAUUAUCCUAUCUUUCAUCCAAGGAGCUUGAUACAGAAUUCAUGCCCCUCUUUUACCUUCACAACAACUCUGUGAGGUAGGACAGGUUGAGAUAUGGUCCCUGGCUCAUUGUCACCUAGAGCUGAGUAGAGAAAUGAGCCUGGAUAUAUCCAGUUCCAGUCUGACAUUCUUCACCACCAGCAGCUCUCAGAAGAAACUCACAUAUUUCAAGAAAUAACCAUAUUAUGUUGCUUUGUUGCAGAAAUAGGGAGCCUCUGGCCCUCCAGAUGUUCAUGGACUACAGUUUCCAUCACCCUUGACCGUUGGCCAUGCUGGUUGGGUCUGAUGGGAAUUGGAGUCUAGUAACAUCUAGCUAGCCAUAGGUUCUCUAUCCUUGGUUUAUUGAAUCAUGCUAUUAAUCUAUCCAAUCCCAUACCAUCUACUUGACUGGCAACGGCUCUUCCAGGUUCUCAAGCAGAGACGAUGUCCAAAAAUUAAACUUGAGACCUUCUGCAUGCAAAACAAGUGCUCUGCCACUGAGCUAUGGUACUAGAUGAGUCAAAAAGCAAUUUCUUGAUUUGUAAGACUGAUGCAAAAUGCUUCUUCUAUUCAACUGGAAGACCUUGGGGACACCUGGUAACACAUGCAGAACUUGAGCAUGGAGAUUUUGGGAUUUGCUCCAAUCUGCAUAUAAAGUACAUGUUCUUAUCAGUUGGUCUAUGUGCAGAAAGGAGUACACACACAGGUCUCCACCAAAAUGAAUAAGCCAUCUCGUUUGCAGGGGAGCUUAUGACAUGCAUACAUUACUGGAUAGAUAUGAUAAUAUAUGCUGUUAAAUUAAGGGAAUCUCUUAGGAAGAUAUGUAUAUUUCACAUCUCUAGUUAAUGUGUGCCUUAUCUCAUUUGGUCAUUUAAUUUUGAUCUGCCACCUUUUUAAUUCAGCCUAUCAGUUUUAAAGAUACUAAUCACCAGAUUAUUUGGAUUGAAUAUGCUCAAUAACAAAAGUAACCACAAAGGUAUUACUGGAUGUUCUGCCAUGUAGAAAGAUCAGCACCUGUAAAUCAGGUGAAAAAUACUAUUUUUUAAAAAAAAGAGGUUUGAUCCAUUUGUUGUCCUGCAGGGGGGAAAAAUGCAAUUUUGUAAACAUGAAAGCAAACCUUCAAUCUUCUGUGUUUGAAGAAGAACAAAAGUGAGCGCAUUUGUCAAUGCCUUUAAACCUGCCAGUUUGAUAGUUUGCCUAAUGUGGCUCCACAGCAAUCCCUCUGGCUACACAAAUUGUGACGCUGACAAGCUGUAAAAGGAGUGCCAUCCACAUAUCCUUGGCCCAGAAAACCGUGAUUGAUGGAGUUCAACUGAAAUUCCCACAAACAAGGUGAAAGCCUUUCAGUGAUAACGGUAACCUAGUGCACAUGAAAAGUUUAAAAAACCACACAACAACAACCUUUGUUGCCUUUAUUUUCAACAUAUUCUUUUAAGCUGCAUAAGUAGGGAGGGGAAAAGAGGAUUUCAGCCUGCACUUCCCUUUUCUAAAUGGCCCUGCUGGCUUUCCCAAGUCACUUCUAAUAAGAGAACAAGAUGCCUGAAUCUGUCAAACCACUUUUCCACCUUACCUGCCUUAGUUGAAGUGCUGGCAUUUUCUGUUGUAGAAUGAGUAUUCCAUAUUAUGUAUACAGUCCCUGUUCACUUUUGCAUGUGCAAGCUCCAUCUCUUUCUGUCGUAUCUUUUCAUAUGUAGUUGUUUUGGGGGAUUGCAGCCCUAGAUAAAGCUGUGUUGUAAUAGAAUACGCUAAUAAAACUUUCCUAGGCAAGCCUCUAGUACAUCAGCUCCUCAGUAUUAUGGCUUAGGAAAUGUUCUAGGAAUCCAUCCUGGAGCUUGCAUGGCCUGAGGUAACUGCCCAAGAAGCCUGUGUUUGAUGCCUGCUGUCUUCAAAAGGCAGAAGCAAAAUUCUCUUGUAUUUGGAGCAUCCUCUUCUGAAGGGGAAUGAAACUAUUAAGAUGUAACUAUAUAUGGCAUGCAGUGACUGAUGUGUGAAAACUCCUUAUGUUAUAAAAUGUUAAGUACCAUGCUGUUGGCAGUCAUUUAGUAUAUUUCUGCUCAACCCCUUGUCCUUUUGGAUUUAUUAAGGAAAUAUAAUUUAAUUCCCAGGCAAGAGUUUUUUAAAGAUGUAGGUAUAAGAUGAGGAUCAAAAGAUCGGACAAGAAGUGGUCAGCCACAGUGCUACUCCUUGUGUUGCUUCACAGUGUCACCGGUGUGCUACUACUGGUGUUGCUUCAUAGUGUUGCAACAGCACACAGUUAAUUGUUAAGGUGCAGGGCUGGGUUUGCAUGUAACACUACACCAUGAUUUGUUAACUAAGGUUUGUUUAAACCAUGUUUUAAUGUUACAUACAAACUAGGCCAAUAUGCUUUUCCUAAUGUGUGAACAUUCCACAUAUUCUAAAAUACUGAUUAAAAAGGUAGCUAGUUUUAAUAUUUCUGUAUACUUUUGUACUUUGUUUCAUAACUUUUCUCUCUUAACUUAGUUUUGUUAUGUACAUGAUCACUUCAUUGUAAUAUACUACUACUUACUGAUUUUUAAUUUUUUCUUUCAGUGUCUGAAGAAAAAAUACAGCAACACGCAACUAAUCAGGUAUUUUAAAAAUGUAUAUAAAUCUUUUAACUGCAUAGUUCAUGAGAUAUACAUACAGUACUUUGUAUUAGAUAUUUUGCAUUAGAUAGGUUAAAACCCAGUCAAUAAUUUAUAGGCAGAUGUUUGUUGUUUCUGGCACACUACACUCCCUAUGGUAAAAGGUAAAUGACUGGAUGGUUAAGUUCAGUCAGAGGUGACUAUGGGGUGUGGCGCUCAUCUCACUUUUCAGGCCGAGGGAGCCGGUGUUUGUCCACAGACAGCUUUCCAGGUCAUGUGGCCGGCAUGACUAAACUGCUUCUGGUGCAACAGGACACCAUGACAACUGCCAGAGUGCAUGGAAAUGCCAUUUACCUUCCUACUGCAGCGGUACCUAUUUAUCUAUUUGCACUGGUAUGCUUUCGAACUGCUAGGUUGGCAGGAGCUGGGACAGAGCAAUGGGAGUUCACCCUAUUGCCUGGAUUCAAACUGCCGACCUUCUGAUUGGCAAGCCCAAGAGGCUCAGUGGUCUAGACCACAGUGUCACAUGCAUAACCUGCUCUGUCCCAGCAUCUGCCAACCUAGCAGUUCAAAAGCACACCAGCGGAAGUAGAUAAAUAGGUACCACUGUGGCGGCAAGAUAAAUGGUGUUUCUGUGCACUCUAGCACUUGUCACGGUGUCCCGUUGCACCAGAAGCAGCUUAGUCAUGCUGGCCACAUAACCCAGAAAGCUGUCUGUGGACAAACGCCGGCUCCCUCAGCAGGAAAAAUGAGAUGAGUGCCAUACCCCGUAGUCGCCUUUGACUGGACUUAACUGUCCAGGGAUCCCUUAAUGUUACCUUUACCUUACUCCCUAUGAACAAAUAAAGUGGUACCUCGCUUUAAGUACUCAAUUCGUUCCGGAGGUCCGUUCUUAACCUGAAACUGUUCUUAACCUGAAGACCACUUUAGCUAAUGGGGCCUCCUGCUGCCACCGCGCUGCUGCUGCACAAUUUCUGUUCUCAUCCUGAAGCAAAGUUCUUAACCCGAGGUACUAUUUUUGGGUUAGCGGAGUCUGUAACCUGAAGCGUAUGUAACCCGAGGUACCACUGUAGUCAUAUGAAACAACCCCCUCUUAAAAGCAGGAUUGAAGCAUAAAAACAAUGUGAAUAAAAACAAACUGUUUAGAAGUAAUUAUGUCUAAUUCAGUGAAUGGACAAGAAGGAACUGAAAAUGUAGAAACUGCAGACUGGAGGUGGAGCCAGACAUUGGGUGUAAUGAGAAGAUUCAUUAAAAACAGGUUUUUUGUAUAGAUUAAAAUAUUUCUUUUAACAUUUAAUAAAAGGAGCACAACAGUUUUAGCUGAAAACAUAUGGUAAACAAAUUGAUUAGUUAUCUUCAACAUAAUUUAAUCUUUUGUUGUUUUAUUAUUAUUUCAAGGUUCAACUUAAUCCAUUACCAUGUUUGAAUACAGACAAAAAGAAUAAUGUAUUGACAUAAAAUAAAACUCUUGCUGAAGCCAGUGGGUUGGGUUGGUUUUUCACUUUUCUCUGUAGCUGGCUUGAAAUUAUCUAACAGAGCUCAGUUGUUCCUAUCCAGAGUAAGUUGGUUUUGCUGAAGAUCUAACUGGAGCUUAAUUUAGUUGCAAGUAAUUCAUCUCCUUUAUUUGAAUAAAACUUAAACACAACUAACUUUCUCUGGAUUAGAGCCAAAAGCUGCAUGCAUAUAAAUAUUUACCAGCAGUUAAUUCCAUUUAGAGGAUCAUAGAGUGUAGCCCUAAUGUGGAGAUGCUACUAGGCUGGCAAAGAUUCAGAAUUCCUCAGCCAUCAUGAAGUUCAGCUUAUUGAGAAAAAAAUGCAUAAUAUUUUGACUGUAAGAGGAAGACAAGGGGGAAAUUAAUUAGCAGUUUAACAAGAAUUGGCAAACAAAAUUGGAGAUUAAUUCCGUUUAUCCAAGUUACUGCCUACACAAAUCAGUUUGUUGAACCAGAUUGUGCAAACUGUCUCAUUUCAUUAAUACAUGUGAUUUUAUACAGUCUUGUAUGAACAAAUCAGAAGCUAAAAGAAAGUGGUAUGUUUUGACUUAGCCAAGGAAUUAUGUCUUGAUACUUUCUCUCCGCCACUCCCACCCCAUUUAAGAUAAUCUAGCUCCCACCACAGCCCACUCCAUGGGACUAACAGCUGUUCUUGUUGUUUUGAGAGAUGGGAAUCAGGGAAAUUACUCAUGGGGAAAGGGUUAAACCUUUCCCCCUGUGCCACUGACCCCCAUUUCAUCCUCUUUUUGUGGCUUCUUUCUGUAGUUUUUUACCCUUUGUCAUCUAUAAGUGGGCACUGGCUGCUGCAUUCCCAAGUUUAUUUACUUAAAACAUUUUAAUGCCAACUUUCAUCUUAUCCAAUUUCAGGGCACAGCAUAACACAAAUACAAAAACAGGAGAAUAGAGAAUAAAAUUUAAAACACAGUAAAGCUUGCUCCCAUUUUUCUCUUUCUGGUUGCCUUUCCUGGAUUCAACAGAAUAUAUUUUAUUUCACGUUUUGUAUAUUUUUUACAUUUUAAGCAACCACACUGCUAAAUUUAAAAGGUUUAAAACAUCAUUGCAACUUAAAUAGCCUUUUAAAUAUCUUCCCUAAUGGAAAUCCCUGCUUUUCCAAACUGUUCUGGCUUGCUUGGGUUAUGCAGUCAAGAUGCAGAAGUUACUGUAUCUCGGCAGGGUUAGCCAACGUGUGCCUUCCAAAUGUUGUUUGAAUACAACUUCCAUCAACCCCAGAUAAUCUGGCCAAUUGUCAAGGAUGAUGGGAGUUGUAGUCUAGGAACAUCCGGAGGGCACCAUAGUGGUUGAUUUAUCAAGGCAACUGAGACUCUUGUCUCACUUGCAUUGGACAAGGAAAUCCUGGGUAUUCUUAGACACAACCCCAAGGCUAACCAUUAUUGAGACAUUUAAGGGCCACUGUGAUUCCUUAUGGAAUGGGAAAGACCAUCCUUCAAAGGUCACCUGGUUUAUGAGUUCACUGAGGUCACACAUUUCAUGUAGAAAGUACAUGAAGCUACCUCGGUAGAGAGCUGCUCCACGCAGGUGGCCAUAACAUGAGUAACAUAAUGUACAGUAAAGCAGUGUUGCAUGGGUGCACCAGGAGCAUCCAGUGAUAGCGUCAUGGCCCCUCUGUGUGUCUCAUAAGCCCUGUCCAUCUCCAUAAGAUUGCUGUGAGGGUAAAGUGACCUUUCCGAGCUUCUCGGCAGUACAGGGAAUGCAAGAAGAAAUGCACAUAGACACUCUGCUUCCUGGAAUGUCACAUCUGAUGCACUGCAGGUAAUGCUCGGAAGGUGAAAGUGGGACUCUUGCUUAGGAGCACUGAAAGCUGAUUAGCUAAUACAGGGAGACACAAAAUCACUACUUCAAAGGUUUUUAAUUUAUACAGAAAACAUGAAAACAAGUUCCAAAAUAUCUAACUUGCAUCCAUUUGAGUAAGUGGCCAGCUGCUCUUUGUGCUUUACAUUUUUCUCUUUGCUCCUUUUCCUAAAUAGAGUCAAUGAAACAAAGCACUUAUGGAGGUUGCCUCUGUUCAAAUGUUAGUUGUUUUCAUUCACUAAUUGCAGCAGUUAGUGGGCCAGAUUCAACUGAGCAGAUGCACUAGCAGGAGCCAGAACAACAAAUCCUGCUAGUGCAAUGGGACUUCUUUCCCCUCUUCCCCUGUGCCCUCCCACCAAAUUAGCUCUAGGGGGUCAGGAGAAUUCCCAGAACAGCCCAGGUGUUUUUCUGUGUGUGGAGAACAUUCUUUCUGGCAUGUGGAAACACUGAGAGCAUGGUCAAAUUAGUGCAACAUUGAAUUCCAUCCAUUAUGUUUAACAUAAACCUAUUUUAUCUAUCUGUUUAUUUAAAUGCAUUUAUAUUUCACUAUUUUCUCCAAGGAGCUCAAGGUGGUAUACAGGGUUCUUCCCCAUCUCAUUUAAACACAACAACCCUGCAAGGUAGUUUAGGCCCAAGGUUUUGAGUGAGGAGUUGAACCCUGGUCUCCUAAGUCAUGGUCUGACACUGUAACCACUAUACCACACAGGUUCACGAAAGGAAGAUAGGCUAUAGUGAUGAUUUAUUUAUUGACAAGCCAGUAUACCAUUGCAAUUUCAACAAAAAGCAGGAUAAUACAGGGACUAUUCAUGCUACUUGCAUUGAAAUAUUCAGUGCUUCUCACGCUAUCUGAUGUGGUGGAUCAGCAUUCCCCACAGAUACUGGUACCCUAUUUGGUCCCUGAAGCAUCCCGCCCAAGCUGGGCUGUGGUGGAGUCACCAUGGACCAGCAACCAAUGGCUCACAGACUGACACGGAUUGUCCUUCCCUCACUCUGCACUCACUUACUCAGUACCUGACAAUAACCAGCCAUUAAUCACUACUUGGUACCAUUGUUAAUGACUUUGGAACUGCAGAAAGAUUAAGUAUGGGGGCCAUGAAACAAAAUAGCAAAAAUGGUCCUUUACAUAAUGUAACCCUCACCUUGCAACAUCCAUUUCCCCCUUUUUUUGUCUCUCUUUCCACCCCACAUCUGAUUAGUGCUGCCUUCUUCCUGACUGACAAUUUCUCUCCCAGAGCUGAGCAGGGAGCAGUUCCACGGCACUCCUGCUGUGUGUGUGCCAGUUGAACCUGGGGAGAGCUACCUGAGGCACUUUUGAGAAGCUUAGCUGCUCUAGCAAACAAAACAACAACAACAAAAGUCACUCCUGUCAUAGUGGUUCAGCAUCUCCUGCUGCAAGUGCGUACUCUCUUUCUCAGGUAGCUGCACUAGAAGUCCUCUGGUCACUUUCUGUUACCUCUCCGCAAUGUCCUUAGGGAUAACUUUGAGCUUUGGUCAGGGGUCCUAGCUGACUUGUUUAUUUAAAUCAGUUCUUGGAUAAUAGCCAUCACCUGGCUUUUUAUAUCUCAUUCCCUCUUGUUGAAAUCGUUCAAAGGUUUUCCAUUCAUAAUACACUGAGGGUAAAUUUCAGAUCUACAGAUGUUUGUGAUAUCAGUGUUGUUAUCUGUAUUUGCAUAUUUCCUGUAUAUAUCCUCAGCUGCCGAAGUUCAUUUGUAUCAUUUAGGGAUUCCUGGGAUUCAAUCUACACAACAUUCAGAAAAGUACAGUUAUAAAUAGAUUCCUGGUCGCUAGUCAAUUUCAAUCAGCUCGUUUGUCUGUUUGUUUAUUCAGCUUUCACCUCAACCCAUGCUAAGCCCUGUAGGCAGUUCGCCAUAUAAAGCCACUAAAUUGCAGCACAAAAUAAAACAAAUAAAACCACCAGUAAAAUCAGUUGGAAGAUUCCAAAAGUGUCCUUCACUUCCACAUGUGAAAGGUGUCUUCUAGUCAUGGAAGGAUAGUUUAUACCACAUCCUAGAUCUUUUUUUAAUCAGAAAAGUUAAGCAGAAUCCAAAGAUGUGGUUUCUCUAGUGCAAGAUAAAGCAGAAGUCCCACAGAACCUGGUAUUAUAGUACUGCACAAAUCCUUGUGCAAGCAUUUGUGAAAUAUGUGGGUUAUAAAUCUGCUCAUAAAUAAAUAAAUCUAGCAAACCCCUGAGAACCAUGCAUGAGAGGACUCCUUGUUAUUCAACUUCUGUAAAAAGAUAAGUCUCAUCUCUUAAUAUUCAUUUUCCCCUUUAAAGAACAUAGAACUACUUGUUCAAUAAAAAAUAUACCAAGAAGUCAUUUUCCUUAUCUGCUAACAAGGAUACUAGAGUGCCUUCCUACAGCAAAUUUCACUCGUUACCCAUCACUUCAUUACUUUGUUAAUGAAGGUUGACUGGUGGUGAGCAAUGCAGAUAAGAUCUGUUUCAGCAAGCAAGUGCUAUUUGUUUGGCUUAUGUGGCCAAAGCAGACAGCACCCAUGCUCAAGAGGGAAGUGCAAGCAUACACUGGAAACAUCAAGGGCUGCAGUAGUAGUUGGCGGUUUUUUCUAAAGAAACCAAAACCUUAAGGGAGUGAGAGUCCCAAAAAACAUGCUUAAUUUCUACAUGCUGGGUGAAUGUUGGGGCAGUCGGGGGAUGGAAAAUUGGAGGGGAGAGAGAAAGGAAUGGGGCAACUGGAAUUCUGAAAAGCAGCUCUCUAUGCAGCAACAUUUUUAGCAGGCCCCAAUAGAGGAACAUUCUAAGAGUUCUCUGGUUUCUUUUUUCCCCUCUUAGAACUUCAGAUUCUAUUCUUCAGAGGAACCUGAAAGAAAACCAAAAAACUGGGUCACUGGUGAAAAGCUUGACAAGCCACGUAAAGCUCUUAUUGAGAUUGGACAUUCUCAGGGAGAUGCUGACCCUAUUCUAGGGAUGGCAGGCUCCUUGACUACUGGAUUAUCUGAAGAGUCGCAGAAGAUUAAAUCACUUCUUAAACAGUUCAGGCAAGUGAAUUUACCACCAGUUCUGCGCCCUUUAAACAAAACUUUAAUCAAAAGCAAUCACUGGAAAACCACAGAUGAGAUGCAAGAGAAACGAAGAUCUUUCCUUUAUGAUUUCUGCAAAAGGUACACUGGCAAAAGCAGACCCCGGACUCACCUUACGCGCAUGGUGUCCAGAAUCUAUGUGGAAGAUAAGCACAAAGUCUUGUACUGUGAGGUGCCUAAGGCAGGUUGUUCCAACUGGAAGCGGGUUUUGAUGGUGCUCAGUGGCGUUGCUGAUUCUGCUGCUAACAUUACGCAUGAUGCUGCACAUUAUGGAAAGCAUCUCAGAAAACUAGACAGCUACAAUCUAAAAGGGAUACACAAGCGUUUAAAGACGUACACCAAAGUUAUAUUUGUACGGGAUCCCAUGGAAAGAUUAGUGUCUGCAUUCAGAGAUAAGUUUGAACAUCCAAACAGCUACUACCACCCUGUAUUUGGGAAGGCAAUUAUUAAGAAAUACAGACUUAAUGCAGAUAGAGUGGCAUUGGCAACUGGCUCAGGAGUGAAAUUUAAAGAGUUCAUCCAGUAUUUGUUAGAUUCCCAUCGGCCAGUAGGUAUGGACACUCACUGGGAACAGAUCAGCCAACUUUGUUAUCCUUGUGCUAUCAACUAUGAUUACAUUGGAAAAUUUGAGACUUUGGGAGACGAUGCCAAUUAUUUUUUGAGACUAAUAGGUGCACCAGAGGGGCUGACUUUUCCUAAUUUCAAAGACAGGCAUUCCAGUGAAAAAAGAACAAAUUUAGAAGUUGUCAGACAAUACUUGGCAGAAAUUUCCGCCACAGAAAGACAGCAGAUUUACAACUUUUAUUAUCUGGAUUAUUUAAUGUUUAACUACAGUGUACCAUAUGUAUAA